AUGGCCUUGCCAUUCAAGCAUUUCGCCAAAGCCCAAUCCGAUUUCAAGCCCCCGUUGAUCGCCAACGAGAACGCGUUCCUGGGCGACAUCGUCAGCAGCACCGACACUGAGAAGCCAAUCACCUCUGGCUUCUACAGGCUCGAGAAGGGCACUCCCCUUGUGUACACUUAUACUUACCACGAAACCAAGAUCAUCGUAGAGGGCGAAUUCGACAUCACCGACGAGACUGGUCAGUCUGUUCACGCCGUUGCCGGAGAUGUCUUCUACUUUCCCAAGGGCAGCGUCAUCACCUUCACCACCAAAUCGUACGGUCUAGGCUUUUUUACUGGCCAGCGAAAGGAGGGAGCCGCAUAA